AUUGUUGUGGUUCAACCUCAGGUGGCAACGGAAGUGCCGGCGUUACAUGCCCCGCCUCCAAGAUGGCGGUGCCCAGUGCCGGGGCCCAUGACCUGAGUCGGCUCAGCUUUGAAUUAUAACCUUGACUGAGGCUAUGCGGCCAUGGACCGGCCUGGGUUCACAGCCUCGCUGGUGGCUGGUGGGGUAGCAGGUGUCUGUGUUGACUUGAUAUUAUUUCCUCUGGAUACCAUUAAAACCAGGCUGCAGAGCCCCCAAGGAUUUAAUAAGGCCGGUGGUUUUCGUGGAAUAUAUGCUGGCGUUCCUUCUGCUGCUAUUGGAUCCUUUCCUAAUGCUGCUGCCUUUUUUAUCACCUAUGAAUAUGUGAAAUGGUUUUUGCACACUGAUUCAUCUUCGUAUUUGAUGCCUGUGAAGCAUAUGUUGGCUGCCUCUGCUGGAGAAGUGGUUGCUUGCCUGAUUCGAGUUCCUUCUGAAGUAGUUAAGCAGAGGGCACAGGUAUCUGCUUCUUCAGGAACAUUUCACAUUUUCUCUAACAUCUUAUGUCAAGAGGGCAUCCAAGGAUUGUAUCGAGGCUACAAAAGCACUGUUUUAAGAGAGAUUCCUUUCUCAUUGGUCCAGUUUCCCCUGUGGGAGUCCUUAAAAGCCCUCUGGUCCUGGAAGCAGGAUCAUGUGGUGGAUUCUUGGCAGUCAGCAGUCUGUGGAGCAUUUGCAGGUGGAUUUGCAGCUGCAGUCACCACACCUCUGGACGUGGCAAAAACCAGAAUCAUGUUGGCAAAGGCCGGCUCCAGCCCUGCAAGUGGGAACGUCCUCUCCGCCCUGCAUGGGGUCUGGCGGACACGGGGGCUGUCGGGAUUAUUUGCAGGUGUCUUCCCCCGAAUGGCAGCCAUCAGUCUGGGAGGUUUCAUCUUUCUUGGUGCUUAUGACCAGACUCGCAGCUUUCUAUUGGAACUUGGCAGAGAGAGUCCAUGAAUCACAGACGGCCCCUGCUUUCAAGAAAGGGUCCUGCUGUGAGAACUGUUUCCCCUCCGGUGAGCAGCUGUUUGGCCAUCUGAACAACAAAACGCGGCGCUCAAGUCCAGUUCUGCUCAGAUUACGACAUGGAGAACGCAUCUUCCGUGCUGCAGGCCGGCCGGGAUGACGUCAUCGGCCUGGUUCCCAGAGUUCAGAGAGAAAAUGAUGUCCACAGCGGUACUUUGAACAAUUUUCUCAGAACCCCUUAAUAAAUAAGUGUGGCAACGCUGAGUCCAGGCCCUUUCAGAGCCUUCGUUUGAUCUGUGUCUGAUCUUUCAUUGCCUGCCACCUGACAGUGGAAUCGGCCAAAGGCAGAGAUGGUUAUGAUUUUAAAAGAAUGGCUAGAGUAAGUAAAGGAAGGAGACUCGCGAAGAAAGUUGGGGGUGUGGGUGGCUUUUCUCCCCUGGGUUAACUCCGACUGCCUCGGCUCACAGCCUGGUGUAAAAAGAACGAACUACAUACAGGCGCGGAGCCAGCAUCCUUGCUGGGUAACCGGGCUGCUGGUCUUAAUUACCCUCACAUUUCACCUAUAAAAACAACUGUAUUCUUUUCCAGAGAGGUGUCCAGCGGCCCAUGUGGUGUGUGAGAGAGAAACCAGUCGCAGCCCAAUGACUAGGUGGGCCCAGCGGGCUUCGCGGCAGGAGGGCCGUCACUGACCGGGCUCCUCUCCACUUCAGACCCAAAGCAAGGGCCGGGGCCGGCUUUGGAAACGGGGUGGGUUCAUCAUCCCUCAUCGCUAAGGUUUGUUGCCACACUAGAAAUCAAAGAGAUGAAGUGGGAAGGUCACCAUUUUGGAGCUCGACUAAUAAGCUCCAGGUGUUAGAAAAAUUCAGAAAGCAAUCUCAGGAAUCUAGUGGUGUCAUGUUUUCCCUGG